UUUUGCUACUAUUUCUAAACAAGGAAAGUUUUUCUUAAUUUUACUGUUCAAAAGUAUGUUUGACGAAGAAAAUAUCAGUGUUUUUCGAGAUGAAGAAGCAGUUAAAGAAAAACAAAAAGUGAACCGUGCGAAAUUACCUCGCAAAGCGAGAAAUUUCAGCAAGGAGCAGCUUCAACUGGCCCUACGAAAGAAGAAAGAGUGCAAUUCAAAGGCUCAGAAAAUUGUCGAAACCUUACUUGAACCCGUUGACGAUGUUGAUAAAUUUCUACUGAUGCUAAAAGACAUAAACCAGUGCCACUUUGAAGAUGUUGUGCAAGAAAGAGCCAUCCAGAAGAUAUGUGGCUAUCCGCUAUGCCAAAACGUGCUGAGCAACGUUCCUCAACAAAAGUAUGUCAUCUCACUAUCGAACAAAAAGGUCUACGACAUCACCGAGCGGAAGAACUUUUGCAGUGGUGAUUGCUUCAAAGCUUCCAACUUUAUCAAAGAACAGAUGCUUACGAGUCCACUGUGGCUACGAGCCCAAGAAGAUAUUCCAGAAUUCAAACUACUAAACAGCACCCCGCAGACCGUCCAGGUCCAGAAAGUUACUAAGAUUGAAAUAACUCAGCAUCCAACAGUCGUUGGAAUUGACGUUGAUAAGCUUCAAAUUGUUGAAAGGACAUACAGUGAGCAUAGCCUGGAAUCGUCCAAAGGCAGCCAAAGUAGUGCGAAUAUAUACGAAGGAAGUGAAAUCAAUCUUAGCAUCAAGGAAAUGGAAACCGAAGAAACACCUAGUGUGGAUAGCGUAAAAGAUUCACUGACUGAAUGUUUGGGUAAAAUGUCCUUAAAGGAUAAAUAAUGAAAUGACAUUAAUGGU